GCGCAGUCUCGCUCCUCUCUCCGCGGAAGCAGCAUGUCCCGGGCAGCGGCGAUCGCCAGCUCCCUGAUCCGCCAGAAGCGGCAGGCGAGGGAGCGGGAGAAGGCGAACGCCUGCCGCGGCAGCAGCAGCCCGAGCAACAGCAAGGGCGCCAACGACAAGCCCAGCAAACUCAAUGUCUUCUCGCGCGUCAAACUGUUUGGAUCCAGGAAGAAACGGAAGAGAAGGCGACCACCAGAGCCCCAGUUAAAGGGCAUUGUGACCAGGCUCUCCAGUCGCCAGGGGUUCCAGCUCCAGAUGCAGCCUGAUGGAACGGUCAAUGGCACCAAGGAUGAGGACAGCUCUCAUGCUGUGUUCAACCUGAUCCCUGUGGGGCUUCGUGUUGUGGCCAUCCAGGGAGUCCAGACCAAACUCUACCUGGCGAUGAACAACGAAGGCUUCCUCUACACCUCCGAACAUUUCACUCCGGAGUGUAAGUUCAAGGAGUCUGUGUUUGAGAACUACUACGUCACCUACUCCUCCAUGAUGUACCGGCAGCAGGCCUCCGGCCGGGCCUGGUACCUCGGACUCAACAAGGAAGGCGAGGUCAUGAAGGGGAACCACGUAAAGAAAAACAAGGCCGCUGCACACUUCAUACCCAAACCCCUCAAAGUGGCCAUGUACCGGGAGCCCUCCCUCCACGACCUGACUGAACUCUCACGAUCAGGCAGCGGCACGCCAACCAAGAGUCGCAGCGCUUCAGCCCUCCUCAACGGCGGCGGGAAAACACCCAGCAACAAUGACUUAUCCUAGCCUCUCCACCCCUCACACAUUCACACACACACAACUCAGGCUGACAUGCCCACGCGUCCGGUUUGUGAGGGGUAGACGAGGUGAAGAAACAAGAACAACAGAGGGAGAGUGAGUUCUUCCUCCACUGUGACUGACUGUGAUGUAAAUAAAUCAAGGACAAUCAAUCCGUCUGGCUCUGCUGCCCCGGCGUGCAGAGCGACAGGACCUCGGCAUCUCUUCCCUUCACUUCUCUUCUUUUCUUCCUGCUGUAUCAUAAACCAGAUAGUCCGGGAGGAGGACGAGAGACCACCGGUCCCACCGCACGAUAAACUGACUGUUACAGAGAACCAAAGAGCCCAAGUGUGAACUAACUGGGUUAUUGCUACGAAAAGGCAAGAGGCCAGACAGUUCCAGGGAGUUACAAAAGGCAGGAAGAAAGUCUGUAUUCGACAGUGCGCCAUGUUUACACAGAGCUCACGGGGUUAAGUCAUAUUUUCAAAACCGCCUUCCUCGCACACUGAGGAGGAUCUACCAUUUGUUUGCAUGCAGGUGUCCCUGAGUGUGUGUGAGAUGCUGGGUACAGAGUGUGCUUACAGUGUUUGUGUGACUGUGUGUGUGUGUGUGUGUGUGCACUGGGGGAGAUUUUACCUUUUUCAAAUCUGUUGUAUAUCAGACGAACCUCCUGAGGGCUUUAGCAGGUUAUUAUAAGGUUUACUGUAUAUGCUUCCAUGCUUACUUCUUACAAGCAAUGCUCUCGUUUCUCUUUCCGUUUUGAUAUUGUUGUCCCUUGCCGUUUGUUUGUUUGUUUGUUUGUUGUUGCAUGGAAGCUCGUGGACCUCUGCUCAGUAGCAGCAUGCUGACGGUCCUAUUUUCUUUGAUUUUGAUUUUCUUCUUUUUUCCUCCUGGUCUUAAGUGUUCCUGACCACAAGUGAACACUAGUGAGCCAAUAGUGUGAUACCAGAACACUAGUGAACCAAUGUGAGAUUGUUCCAACACUGCUGGACCAAUUGUUUUAGCACCAGAACACGAGCGGACCAAUGGCGUCGGCCCGGCGUUUUGGUGAACCAAUGGGAGCACAGAUUAACUUCGUAUUUUUGUUCCUGCUGUGGACAAACUAGAAAUGCACUAAAUAAACUCUUUGUAAAGAAUUA